UAUAAAAGCGGCGAGAAUAAACGUGACAGUGACCGCGUGUAUUUUUUCCGGCCUUUACAACGAUGAAAAUGUGUGCGUUUCCCGCGCGCGCGUGUCCAUGAAAUUGUGUUAGUGCCUUCCCGCCAUUAUCCGUUCGAGACAGUGUGGUCCAUUCUUAUUUAAUCCUCCCCCCACCCCUCCAAUGUGAAAAUGGACUCGUCCAUCUUCUUUCACCGCGAUAAAUCCUGUCAUAAUUAAAAUUUACAAACAAAAUUGAACUUAACCUGAAAAUCACUCACCAAUCAUUACUAAUAAUAAUUCACAAAUUUUCCACUAAGUGAAAAAAUAAAAUAAUAAUUCCAAAGUUGAGAAUUUCAGUGUUUAUGAAAAGUUCGUGUUGGAAUCGGCCAUUUUUGUUUCGGGGAGUGCCGGGGUAAUGACAGGUGCUUUAUAUCCUCAAUGUUGAAAAUUCUCAUCUAAACAAAAAUUAAUGAAAGUGGGAAUUUUUUCCAUUUUUUAAAAAUUAAUUCCCCAUUUUUUUAAUGUUAAAUUCAUUGGUGUUUUGAUAAAAGUGACGAGUAUACAACAAUAAAAAUAUUUUGUCGGCCAUGUGCAGUCGCACACCCUGUGACUGUCGUCCAAUCGGAGAGAGUCACGUGACCUCGCUGAGCCAAUCAACAUGACGGGAUUUGAAAUCGUGCGUGGUCUUUGUCUACGAGUCUGCCCGUCAGUUCCGUAAAGAGGGCCGUUUAUACAUGUCCGUUUAUACAUGGUCGCUGCCGAAAGUCGCAUAAUUUUCCUGUAAAUAUAUGUGUGAAAGUGAUAUCUGAUCUCAUAGACGACAAACAAUUAGGCUCGUCAUUAUCAAGUUGCGUGAAUGUUGGAUACAGAGAGUAGAGGCACUGGGCUAGAUCAGGGACCGACGAGGGACCCCUGGCUCACGAUGGAUUAUUAUUUAGGAAGCGAUAGUUUAUCACUACAGGAGAUGCUCGACGUUGACAUUAAAUCAGAAAUCGAGGGAGUUAUUGGCGGUCACACGGAACUUGGUUUUAGUUUCACGGAUUUGUCACCCUUAGAAAUGGAUGACGAUCCCGUUGGAUGUCACGGCGAGCUCAAUGGAUGGUUCGGCGGUCACACAUGUUUAUUAAACGGAAACAGCAAUAGUUCCAAUAGUAAUUUUAAUCUCGAUCUCAGCGGUGGUGAUGCGACAACAAUAAUGGUAAAUCCAAAUUCCGUAAUGCCACACAUGGCAGUGCGAAGUCCAUCACCGCGAAGGCAUUUUGCCUUUUCGCCAUCGUCACAGGAAAUAAAAGAAGAAAAAGUCGAUGUCGACGAUGAUGAUAAUGAAUUAUUAGAAUUUGAAAAUGAUCCCGAUUAUGAGAAUGACAAUGAUAAUGAUCAGGAGAAUGAUAAUGAUGAUAAUGACACUGAAACGGAACAAUAUGUCGAUGAUAUUACAGAGACGGAGGAUGAUUAUGAUGACGAUGAUGAGGAUGAUGUUAAGCCAACAAUAACAACAGCACCAACAACAACGCCAACGAUAAAAUCAAAAUCCCUAAUGUUGCCAACAACGACAAUAAAAACAAUGUCGCCACAAAUUUCAAAAUCACACACAAUGCCAAAAAUGAAUGUUGGCAGUAUAAGAGUUCAAAAUUAUAAGGUCAUACAAAAUCAAAGUCAAACACAAUCGCACGUGAGAAAGCAAAUUUACAAUAACAACGUUCAUGUCAAUUCAAAUUCAACUGCCGUCCAAACCAAAAGGGAUAAGGACUUUGAUCUUUCUGAUUAUGACGAUAAACCAUAUCCAAAACCAGCGUAUUCAUAUUCGUGUUUAAUAGCAAUGGCCUUAAAAAAUAGUCAAACGGGAUCACUUCCUGUUUCGGAAAUUUACAAUUUCAUGUGCGAGCACUUCCCGUAUUUCAAGACAGCGCCAAACGGAUGGAAGAAUUCGGUGAGGCAUAAUUUAUCAUUAAACAAAUGUUUUGAGAAAAUUGAAAAACCAGCGGGUAAUGGAAACCAAAGGAAGGGCUGUUUAUGGGCAAUAAAUCCCGAUAAAGUGGCGAAAAUGGAUGAGGAAGUGCAAAAAUGGAGUCGAAAGGAUCCAUUGGCAAUUAAAAAGGCAAUGAUUUAUCCCGAUCAUUUGGAAUUACUUGAACGUGGUGAAAUGAAGUACGCGAGUAAUGGCGAUUUAUCGGCAGAAGAAUCGGAAAGUUCGGGCGAUGAAACUGCCGAGGAGAGUCCAUCGUACGAUGAACCGGUGCAUAAUCAUAUCGCUGCAAAUUCCGUCACUGACAGCUAUGACGAGAGCAGUCAGGAUAUCGAUAUCACUGAACAUCUCUACGAUGAAAUUGAUAUUGAGGAUAAUAAAGAAGCACUUCACAUGCAAUUGAAUAUCACAAAACAAGAAUCAUUUGAUUAUGAAUUAAGUCCAAGUGCAAAGCGACAAAAAACAAUCACGGGAACAUUGCAGGGAAAUUACGUUUAUCAACCAGUGUCAUCAUCGCGAAGAAAAACGCCUUUAUUGUUGCGACCUGGUGCCACCACAGGUUCUUUUCUUAAACUCGAAUAAGUCCCUAGGUAUCGCGUUUUUAUUUUAUUUUUUUUUACAUAAAUAUAAAAUAAUUACAAAAGUAAUCUCUGAAACCAUAAAAAACUCCUUUGCCUUUUUCGAACAUUAAAAGGCAGUUUCAGAAUUUUUUUUUCUUUUUUUUUUUUUUUUUGUUUCUUUGGCCUAAAUUAUGAAAUUUUCGAAUUCAAAAACAUUUUU